CGAACAUACUUAGAACUCAGUAAACCAUGGGACAUAAUCAGACGCCGAUGCAAACCAAACCACGAGAACAAUUUGUGCAGAUACCGAAAGAAGAACAUCACUCAGCCACAGUGAUGAACCAAACCGGUACAUUGAACCGGACAGACACCAUCAAGUGGCCUACCAUCAUCAUUUGCACCAUCUUGGUCAUAACAGGUCAAUCCAUUGUAAAACUCCUCGAGAACUACUACUACCUCCACACAAUCAACAAACCUCGAGCCACAUGGUUUCAAUCUCUCCUACAGGUCAUCGGCUUCCCCCUCCUCCGCACUCCUCUCUACAUCCACUUCUAUCCCGACCCUAGGAAACCGAACCAACUUCCUCCGUCUUCGGACCGAACCUCUCUCAGGUUCCUCACUGUACUUUACCCUGGUAUCGGCGUGGGCAUGGUGUUUCACGCAAGACUCUACACCAAAGGCAAACUCGAGAUACCCUUUAACGUUUUCACACUUAUCUACACAACGCAGCUCUUAUUCACCAUGGUCUUAUCCUUCAUCAUCAAAAAGUUUAAGUUCAAUAGAUGGAUUGUUAUCUCUCUCUUCUUUGCCAUGGCCGCUGGUGCUCUCACUCUCUCUUCUUCCUUCCCCGGAGAACCAGAGAACGAUACAGCGAAAUACCGUACAGGUGUGUUAUCAGCUAUAUUCGCUGCCUUGUCUUUCUCCUAUAUCAUUACCGGCUCUCAAAAUGUAUUCGACAACGUCAUCUCAAAACGCGACGUAGCCACCAACAGGAAGCCUAGCUUUGCCUCCGUUUUUGAGUUGAUCUUCUUCUCGUCCAUCUUACCCACCAUAGUCUUCUUGGCUGGCUUGUUUAUUACAGGGGAGCAUCAUGUUUUUAAGGCAGAAUUACGUGGGUUUUCCGAGGGGAAGAGAGCGUACAUUCUGACUAUGAUGGGUCAAGUCGGUGCGUGGCAGAUUUACUGGGUUGGGUUGGUGGGGCUUGUGUUCGCUGUCUCGAGCAUAUUCUCUAAUGUGAUCAGUGUCUGUACGUGGCCCAUCGUGUCGCUUCUUGGGGUUUUGUUCUUUGAUUCAGGGAAGGAUGAUUUGGAUUAUUACAAAGGAGCCGCAAUAGUAGCUGCAUUACUUAGCGUUGUCUCUUACUUUUAUAGGCUUCGCAUAGAGAAGAGGAACAGCUACGAGACCACCAGCUAGUUGACGUUACAAUACCUUUUCAUCUCAAUUUACUCUUUUAUUACAU